AUCUAACCAUCUUAACCGGUCCUACUUUCGUUGUGGGAGUUGAUAUUAUCUAUAUAUACGACAUUUCUUAUUUAUUAUACGGAAACAGUCCUUAAAUUUUAGAUUACUUUGUUAUUCCUGGAAGUUGAAGUGUAAGUGAUCUUGAAAUAAACUUAAAUUCCUUUAUAAUAAUGAAAUUUUCAUAUUUUGCUCCAUUUCGUACAGACUCUUAUUUCCGCAGAUGGAUUCUGACGGUCUUCCGUUGGUUGGUCCGGGAAUAGAUUACAAUGCUGUGCAACCGAUUCAUCAGAAGCGUAUGCUGGCUUUCCUCAACCAUUUCGUGUCACAUACUGUUCAAUUUCUGAAUAGAUUUUCGUGUGUUUGUGAGGAAAAGCUUGGAGAAGUUGCCUCACGAUUAGAAAGAUUGGAAAACAGUUUAGUCUUACUUGAAAAUAAGAUCGGCUCUGUUCCUGGUUUAGAAAAUGUAACGGUUCAACAAGUAGAAGCAACAACUGUUGAGCGAAAGUCAGAAAGUACGGAGAAUCCUACUGACAAUGGAAAUAUAUCGAAAAGGGAAGCUGAACAGGAGAAAGAAGCGGUAACGGAAUCGAAAAGGAGAACUGUUGCAGAAGACCCGAGAUAUGCAGAUUAUGUAAGAAUGCUAAAAGUGGGCGUUCCUGUAUUUGCCAUAAAGCAAAAAAUGAUGAUGAAAGGAGUUGAUCCAAAUAUAUUAGAUAACCUUGAUGCAAUAGUUGAAGAAGAUGGUGAUAAUAAAUCUCCUACAGCGAAUGAUUCAUCGUUAUCAUCACAAGAGUCAGAUAUUGAAUUCGACGAUUCCGAUUAA